AAAAUUAGUAAAAAAAAAAAAAAAAGAAAAGAAGGAGAAGAAGAAGAAAAGUUAGGAUGCCAUUUGCCACAUCACACUUCCGUUUUGACUUAACGUCAAAGGCUAACACGGUAGGACCAUGUAAAGGGCAUCGCUCAUGUGAGUGUAAAUUUACUUUACCAAGAUGGAGACCCCGAGCUGCUCUGGUGGAAGCCAGACCCAAAGCCAAUGGUUCGGUGGCGGUGCAAUUGUUUCGAGCGGAUAGAGCCGAGGAUUUACAAGCGGAGGCCAGGGCCAUGGCACGCGCCGCCAAUGCUUCCGUUUAUAGCCCCGAACUUCUGUCUCGCAAGUACGGCUCACGCCCCAUCCAGGCAUUGCAUAGGACUCUGGAAAUUGUGGUAGCCCUAGGUUCAUUUGCUUUUGAACUCUUGCUCGAUCAAAGGUACGGGACGUUGGAUCAAUAUAAGAGAAAGCGAGCUGCUGAACUGAGGAGGAUUUUUACUAGGUUAGGGCCUACUUUUGUAAAAUUAGGUCAGGGUUUGUCCACCAGGCCGGAUAUCUGCUCACCUGAGUAUCUUGAGGAGCUCUCACAGCUUCAGGAAAAGAGGAAUGUCAAUAGUUUGGAGGACAACUUCUCUUGUGAUGGAGGAAGUUCUGCCAGUUUAGGACAGGUUUACAAAGCCCAACUCAAGUAUUCUGGUCAAAUUGUAGCAGUCAAGGUGCAACGUCCUGGUAUUGAAGAGGCUAUUGGUCUCGACUUUUAUCUCGUAAGAGGACUUGGGUUACUCAUUAAUAAGUAUGUGGACAUAAUAACCAGUGAUGUUGUUGCGCUCAUUGAUGAAUUUGCCCGCAGAGUUUAUCAAGAGCUCAACUAUGUGCAGGAAGGACAAAAUGCGAGGAGAUUCAGAAUGUUGUAUGCUGACAAGAAGGACAUCCUUGUUCCAGAUAUCUUUUGGGAUUACACUAGUGGAAAAGUGUUGACGAUGGAGUGGGUUGAUGGAGUUAAACUGAACGAGCAAGAUGCCAUUGAGAGACAGGGUCUGAAGGUGUUGGAUCUGGUGAAUACAGGAAUUCAGUGCAGCCUGAGGCAGCUACUUGAGUAUGGAUAUUUUCAUGCAGAUCCUCAUCCUGGCAAUCUUUUGGCAACACCUGAUGGAAAACUUGCUUUUCUUGAUUUUGGAAUGAUGAGUGAAACCCCAGAAGAAGCAAGAUCUGCUAUUAUUGGUCAUGUUGUUCACAUGAAGCAUAAUGGACAGGUCCUUCAACAACCCAAAGCACGUAAUCUAGGAGGCCGUGUUGUUGGUGGCAUCAGUCAGCGUUUAGCAGCACGGUUACUGCAACAAGUUCUUCGAACUCCAACAACAGUUUCCACAUCGAUUUCUUGAGUCAUGAGUAUCGGACUUCCAACGGGUUAUGAAUGUUUCAAAUGCUCUUAGUUUUUUCUGCAAAUCUUUCCUCUGUUAGGUUUUUUUGGCAGGAAAGGAAUUGUGAAAAAUAAAAUAUCUAAGAUACACGAGGACAAGUAAUACCUCAAAGAAAUCUUUGUGAUUAUUUAAAUUGUUCCACACCUUUGUUUUUGAUUAUUUACAUUGUCUCCUAAUGUUUAUUAUGUUGUAAAAUAAAAGAAAAAUAAUAGA